CGAGAAGAGGAGACUGUCGGCAAAUAAUGAUUAUCUGAUCAACCUCUUCCCCCAAUUUUCUCCCGGGUGUUUUUCCGCCAACACAACUCACAUUUCAACACCUCUUAAACCCUAAUUUUCUCUCGCCUUUUCUCACAUAGUUUGAUCUCCUAUGCCAAGUUGCCAUUGAUCAAACAAAGAUUAAUAAAAAAGCAAUCUUUAGGCCCAACGCCCUCGAAAACUCGAAAAAGGUCUUCUGUAGGUUUGAUGGAAGGAUUGAUCGGUCCGAGGCUGUAUAGUUGCAGCAAUUGUCGAAACAAUGUUGCACUUCAUGAUGAUAUAGUUUCUAAAGCUUUUCAGGGAAGAAACAGUAGAGCUUUUCUCUUCUCCCAUGCCAUGAACGUUGAUGUGGGGCCAAAAGAAGACAGACAUCUCAUGACGGGUCUCCACACAGUUGCGGAUGUCUCCUGUUCUGAUUGUCGUGAAGUUCUUGGUUGGAAAUAUGAACGAGCUUAUGAAGAAUCGCAGAAGUACAAGGAAGGCAAAUACAUACUUGAAAAGUCUAAAAUCGUCAAGGAUAAUUGGUAGUUGUUGUCAAAUUACCGAUGUAUACUGUCCUGAACUCCUGAUGAUAAUUGAGCUAUCAGUUGGAAGAUUAACUGAUGAAGAAUUGCAGAAAUACAGGAAAGACAAAUGCAUAUAAGGGAAAGUUUAAAAUCUGUUGAUUGUUGUGAAGACAUUGGUAAAAAUGUUUGUAAAUACUUCUCAGUUUUCAAGUUGUCUUAUCCGAUUGAUUCGAAAUAUUUCAGUGUUGAUCUAUCAAAGGGGAUAAUGUAAUUUUCAGAAAACGCCUCCCUUUGUGCUUGUGGCCUCUACUUAUAACAUGAUAUUACUUCAAUCUGUUUUUGGUUGUUGGUGCAUAACCAGUUUCUUUAUGGAUUUCUCAGA